CCCCACCUUCUGUUGUUGUUACAUUUCUUUCGUAUUCAUUGAACCAAACAAGGGUACAUCAUGAGCUCUGACAACAGAUAUAAUGAUCACUUAAUCAAUCCCAAUCCCGACCGUUGGUUCUUGCCAAGCGCGGCUUCUUACGAUAGCAGUAGCAAGAUUCUACUCAUCACCAUCGUUGCUUUCUCUAUUAUCAUCCUCACCGUCUUCGCUCAUCAUCUAUACACAAGGUUCGUUCUCCGCCGCCGUAGAUCCACCGUCCAAGGCCAUUCUUUCACCGUCGUUACUCAACCGCUCAAACGUGGGCUCGAUAUAGUUGCAAUUGCUUCUCUCCCUACGUUCGUGGUUGGAGUCAACGGUGAUGACGUCUCGCCUACGGAAUGUGCAGUGUGUCUAACCAUGUUGGAGGAGAAAGAUACGGGAAGGAUGUUACCAAACUGCAAGCACGUGUUUCACGUGACAUGCGUUGACACAUGGCUCACCACGAGCUCUAGUUGUCCCAUUUGUAGAACUGAAGUCGAGCCGAGUCAUAGGCUUGAGCCUGAGCCAAGAGAAGGGCCAGUUGGGGACGGUGCAUCUUCGUCGGAUUACAAGAGUGGCGUGUCAUCGGUUUCGCGGUUAGAUUCGUUUCGGAGGAUUAUGACAAGGGAAAGAUCUUCGGACAGGAACGAUCAUUCUCGCGUUGACCAAGAUCGUGUAAUAGAUCUUGAAAGACAAUGAUUAUAACAAGUAUUGUUCACGUUAUAAAAGUACUCUUGUUCCUUUAUAGUUUCCAUCUUCUUACUAAAAUCUUUGUAUGUUAUUGUACAAAAUACACAUUACUACAAAAGCUGUUGUUGAUCAACGUGUGAAAAGAAAAACAAAAAGUGUUGA